CUCCCAUCCCAGAUGGGUUCUCUGCUGGGCUCCAGUCUGGCACUCUGUUACCUGGACUACGUACAGGAUGACUCCGCCUUCCUCCGACUCAACUUCUGGCUGGGCCACGCCCUCCAUGAGGGUAAAACCAGGAACUUACCAUUCACCAACCACUACGACUUCCCUCCAUUGUCUCUCUUACAUUGUGAAAGAGGGAAGUAGAAAGAAAAAAGCCCAAAACACUAAAAUCUCCGUACCCUCCAAAUUGACCCUCAUCAAUUCACAGUAGGCAUUUCAGAGCAACCGUCUGACGAACAGCUUUUAUGAAAAUAAAGAGUUUGGGUGUCAAGGUUGUACAGUCAUGGUCAAAAGUUUUGAGAAUGACACAAGUAUUGGUUUUCACAAAGUUUGCUGCUUCAGUGUUUUUAGAUAUUUUUGUCAGAUGUUACUAUGCUAUACUGAAGUAUAAUUACAAGCAUUCCAUAAGUGUCAAAGGCUUUUAUUGACAAUUACAUUAAGUUUAUGCAAACAAUCAAUAUUUGCAGUGUUGACCCUUCUUUUUCAAGACCUCUGCAAUCCGCCCUGGCAUGCUGUCAAUUAACUUCUGGGCCACAUCCUGACUGAUGGAAGCCCAUUCUUGCAUAAUCAAUGCUUGGAGUUUGUCAGAAAUUGUGGGGUUUUGUUUGUCCACCCGCCUCUUGAGGAUUGACCACAAGUUCUCAAUGGGAUUAAGGUCUGGGGAGUUUUCUGGCCAUGGACCCAAAAUGUCGAUGUUUUGUUCCCCGAGCCACUUAGUUAUCACUUUUGCCUUAUGGCAAGGUGCUCCAUCAUGCUGGAAAAGGCAUUGUUCGUCACCAAACUGUUAUUGGAUGGUUGGGAGAAGUUGCUCUCGGAGGAUGUGUUGGUACCAUUCUUUAUUCAUGGCUGUGUUCUUAGGCAAAAUUGUGAGUGAGCCCACUCCCUUGGCUGAGAAGCAACCCCACACAUGAAUGGUCUCAGGAUGCUUUACUGUUGGCAUGACACAGGACUGAUGGUAGCGCUCACCUUUUCUUCUCCGGACAAGCUUUUUUCCGGAUGCCCCAAACAAUCGGAAAGGGGAUUCAUCAGAGAAAAUGACUUUACCCCAGUCCUCAGCAGUCCAAUCCCUGUACCUUUUGCAGAAUAUCAGUCUGUGCCUGAUGUUUUUCCUGGAGAGAAGUGGCUUCCUCGCUGUCCUUCUUGACACUAGGCCAUCCUCCAAAAGUCUUCGCUUCACUGUGCGUGCAGAUGCACUCACACCUGCCUGCUGCCAUUCCUGAGCAAGCUCUGCACUGGUGGUGCCCCGAUCCCGCAGAUGAAUCAACUUUAGGAGACGGUCCUGGCACUUGCUGGACUUUCUUGGGCUUCCUGAAGCCUUCUUCACAACAAUUGAACCUCUCUCCUUGAAGUUCUUGAUGAUCCGAGAAAUGGUUGAUUUAGGUGCAAUCUUACUAGCAGCAAUAUCCUUGCCUGUGAAGCCUUUUUUGUGCAAAGCAAUGAUGAUGGCACAUGUUUCCUUUCAGGUAACCAUGGUUAACAGAGGAAGAACAAUGAUUUCAAGCAUCACCCUCCUUUUAAAGCUUCCAGUCUGUUAUUCUAACUCAAUCAGCAUGACAGAGUGAUCUCCAGCCUUGUCCUCGUCAACACUCUCACCUGUGUUAACUAGAUAAUUACUGACAUGAUGGCAGCUGGUCCUUUUGUGGCAGGGCUGAAAUGCAGUGGAAAUGUUUUGGGGGGAUUAAGUUCAUUUUCAUGGCAAAGAGGGACUUUGCAAUUAAUUGCAAUUCAUCUGAUCACUCUUCAUGACAUUCUGGAGUAUAUGCAAAUUGCCAUCAUCAAAACUGAGGCAGCAGACUUUGUGAAAAUUAAUAUUUGUGUCAUUCUCAAAACUUUUGACCACGACUGUAGAACUAACAAAUCUGUUUCAUCAUCCCUUUUUUGUUCUGUUCUAUCCCCUGAACGUUUCACCAGUGAAACCUUUUUUAUUUUGGGUUUCAGAGUUUCUGUUCUGCAGCGGGGACGGGGGCUCUGGGAGUUCGUCCGAGGCGCUCCACUUCCUCAACAAGUUGCUCUCCACACAGCACUUCCUCCAGGUGAGCCUCUGCCCCUUCAUCGCCGCCAUCCAGGCCCCUCUCGCAUCCCGUUCCCCUCCCUGCCUUCCCCUCUUUGCCAGAUCUGUAUCUGUCAGAGCGGGUUAAACUCUUUCUUCUCUGCUCCCACGCUUCUCCCCCGCUGCUCAUUAAUAAAUUAUGCCACAGUCAAACGCUAAUUUGAGAUGCGUAUGUUUUGUCUCCCCCCUCUUCCUCAGGAGGGCUUCUCCAGCACAGAGGGCUUCCUCUACAAGUUCCUGAACGUUUGGGACGGUUCGCUCCUCCGCCCCCAGAUCCUAGGCUUGCUGAGUGACAUCCCCGUGGUCCCCAGUUCCUGUGAGUAGGCCCUGUUCGCUUGGCUGCCUCACGCUCCUCUCCUCCAGUCUCUCUUCCCUAAUUAAACAGCUGAACUGUAACGGGGGGGGCACGUGACUACGUUUCCCAGGCUCCCUGGCAUAUGCUGCCAGCCUGCCAUGUGCUGGGGAUUGCAUGGUUAGGAAUGUUGAAUUCAUUGCUCUCCCCAUCUCUCCCAGGUAUCAGCCAGCUUCUGUUUGAGCCCCUCAUGCAGCUGUUCUUCACCUCCACGCUGUUUUUCAAGGUAAUAGUCAACAGAAUCCCUCAAAAUAGAUCCCGCUUCGAAUCAAACAUAAGAAGCUUGCAUCACACCACUGUAUCCAUGUACAGUCCAGCUAUCCGCAGUCUUUUAAAUCCUGGGUCGUAUUCAUUUGGCACCAAACAGAAGAAAACAUACUGAAACAGGGACCAACUACCUGGACUUGUCCAAUGAGAACCGUGUGCUUUCGUUUUCUCAUGGAAAAACGUUUUACAAAUGUUUGCUACGGUGUGCCUUAAUGAACACGACCCCGUUGUAGUUCUAAAUAUCCCUCGUUUUUCCCCACUUUGAAUAUGUUUCAACUCUAACACCCCUCUGUUGUCUGUCCUCUCUAGUGCAGUGUGAUUGACUGUCUGAACAACAUGCUGUUGAAGUGGCUGACCUGGCACUCUGUGUACGCCCUGGAGGACGGCCUGGACAUCAGUCUCAACAGCCACACACCCAUGUGAGUCUCACUGUCCCUGUCCCACUCACUCACUCAGACACGUCCCUGUCCCACCCACUCACUCAGACACGUCCCACCCACUCACUCAGACACGUCCCUGUCCCACUCACUCACUCAGACACGUCCCUGACCCACUCACUCACUCACUCACUCAGACACGUCCCUGACCCACUCACUCACUCAGACACGUCCCACCCACUCACUCAGACACGUCCCUGUCCCACUCACUCACUCAGACACGUCCCUGUCCCACCCACUCACUCACUCAGACACGUCCCUGUCCCACCCACUCACUCAGACACGUCCCUGUCCCACCCACUCACUCACUCAGACACGUCCCUGUCCCACCCACUCACUCACUCAGACACGUCCCUGACCCACUCACUCAGACACGUCCCUGUCCCACUCACUCACUCAGACACGUCCCUGUCCCACCCACUCACUCAGACACGUCCCACCCACUCACUCAGACACGUCCCUGUCCCACUCACUCACUCAGACACGUCCCACCCACUCACUCACUCAGACACGUCCCUGUCCCACCCACUCACUCACUCAGACACGUCCCUGUCCCACUCACUCACUCAGACACGUCCCUGACCCACCCACUCACUCAGACACGUCCCACCCACUCACUCAGACACGUCCCUGUCCCACUCACUCAGACACGUCCCUGACCCACUCAUUCACUCACUCAGACACGUCCCUGUCCCACUCACUCACUCAGACACGUCCCUGUUCCACUCACUGUCACCCCCUCACUCACUGUCACUCACUCACACUUCCAGAACCUCAGCUCCGUAACUUCCUUGAGUUAAAGACAUACAGUAUUCAGAUCCCUUCCCCUUUUCCACAUUUUGUUACGUUACAGCCUUAUUCUCAAAUGGAGUAAAUAAAAAUAAUUCCUCAUCAAUCUACACACAAUACCCCAUAAUGACAAAGCGAAAACAGAUUUUUAGAUAUUUUAGCAGAUCAUUCUGCAACUUGAUUGGAGUCCACCAGUGGUAAAUUCAAUUGAUUGGACAUGAUUUGGAAAGGAACACUGUCUAUAUAAGGUCCCACAGUUGACAGUGCAUGUCAGAGCAAAAACCAAGCCAUGAGGUCGAAGGAAUUGUCUGUAGAACUCCGAGACAGGAUUGUGUCGAUGCACAGAUCUGAGAUAGGGUACCAAAACAUUUCUGCAGCAUUGAAGGUUCCCAAAAACACAGUGGCCUCCAUCAUUCUUAAAUGGAAGAAGUUUGGAACCACCAAGAGCUGGCUGCCUGGCCAAACUGAGCAAUCGGGGGAGAAGGACCUUGGUCAGGGAGGUGACCAAGAACCCGAUGGUCACUCUGACAGAGCUCCAGAGUUCCUCUGUGGAGAUGGGAGAACCUUCCAGAAAGACAAGCAUCACUGCAGCCCUCCAACAAUCAGGCCUUUAUGGUAGAGUGGCCAGACGGAAGCCACUCCUCAGUAAAAGACACAUGACAGCCCACUUGGAGUUUGCCAAAAGGCACCUAAAGGACGCUCAGACCAUGAGAACCAAGAUUCUCUGGUCUGAUGAAACCAAGAUUGAACUCUAACUCUUUGGCCUGAAUUCCAAGUGUUACGUCUGGAGGAAACCUGGCACCAUCCCUACGGUGAAGCGUGGUGGCAGGAUCAUGCUGUGGGGAUGUUUUUCAGCGGCAGGGCCUGGGAGACUAGUCAGGAUCGAGGCAAAGAUUAACCGAGCAAAGUACAGAGAGAUCCUUGAUGAAAACCUGCUCCAGAGCGCUGAGGACCUCAGACUGGGGCGAAGGUUCACCUUCCAACACGACAACGACCCUAAGCACACAGCCAAGACAACGCAGGAGUGGCUUCGGGACAAGUCUCUGAAUGUCCUUGAGUGGCCCAGCCAGAGCCCGGACUUGAGCUCGAUCGAACAUCUAGCUGUUUAGCGACACUCCCCAUCCAACCUGACAGAGCUAGAGAGGAUCUGCAGAGAAGAAUGGGAGAAACUGUGCCAAGCUUGUAGCGUCAUACCCAAGAAGACAAAGUACUGAGUAAAGGUUCUGAAUACUUAUGUAAAUGUGAUAUUUCUAUGUUUUAUUUUUAAUAAAUUUGCAAAAAUGUAUAAAAACCUUUUUGCUUUGUCAUUAUGGGGUACUGUGUGUACAUUGAUGAAAAAACUAUUAAAUCAAUUUUAGAAUAAGGCUGUAACGUAACAAAAUGUGGAAAAAGUCAAGGGAUCUGAAUACUUUCCGAAUGCGCUGUAUUUCAUUGUCUUCCUCUCCAGUAUUCUAACUCUUCACAAACGCCCAAUCUGAACCCAUCAAGGUUAAUGUGGUCUCCAAUACAUUUUUAUUCCCUUCCAUUUUCAACUUCAUCUCUGGAGGGAAACUCAAUGAAACGCAGUGCUGAAAUCAAUGGCUGUGGUGUGUGGUUGGCCACCUCCUCUCAACCUCCUCGGUUUCUCCUCAUCUCUCUCCGCCCGGCCGCAUUGCUUCACACUCAGCGCUGAUUUGGUUAUUGUCUUUUAUUGCGUUAACCGAGAUGGGCGGGUCUGCUGAAGGAGAAAUUAAUAUGAUCCAAGGGCAAAGCCCCCUUUUUGACCGUCUCAGUAGUCCCAUGCAUCAUUAGGAUUCAUGCGCUUCUCUCCUAUUAUGGCCGUUUUUUUGUGUUGUGUAAGGGUUUACAGUAUGUGAAUACCCUGCCUCCCCUCCCCAGGAACAUGACUCUCUCUGGCUUCAUGGACUCUGUCAUGGAGCUGGUGCGUUUCGUGGGCCGCCUGGCCACCGUGGGGCUGCAGCUAGAGGGCUGCCACUCCCUGCUCCUCAGCUUCAUCCUGGACUUCUAUGAGACGGUAAUCAAUCCAGAUUAAGCCAAUACAUUUAAUUUAAUACAUAAAUAAAAUAAAAUACAGUGCACUCUUCUAGUGAUCACACAGGAAAAUGUUUGAUCUUUAUAAGCAGUUGAUCAUCGUAAUCACAUUCAUUAUAAGCAGAAUGCACUGUCAGUUUUUCCAUAUUCAUGCUCCAUAAAAAAAAAUGACAUUACGAUAUUCGUUCUGUGGUGUUGACCUGUGUGUCCCUGUGCGUGCCGUGCAGGUGUGUGACAUGUUCCUGAAGUACGGGCUCCCCCUUGUGGUCAUGCCCCCCGUGGGAGUGUUCUACCCAGCCCUGUUCGCCACCGACCCCGUCAGCGUUGACCGCCUCGGCUACAUCAUGUACAGGUGGGGAGGGAGGAGUGGUGAUGUCAACCCCGUUACUAUCAUGUCAACACCGGGUCUGACAGUGUUGACACUGUGACUCAACACCGUCACGUCAGCGUGUCAUCUUUCACACACAAACCAUCACUGCCAUGUCGUGUGCAAAGCAUCUACAUGUAUGUCAAACUUUCUCCUAUAUAUAUAUUUGAUGACGCAAGUGAAUGGUAAGCAGUCUUGGUGCAGCACGCCAACCAGAACACUGCAUUUAUGAUUCAUGAUAAUGAAGGGUCCAGGAUGCAGAAUUGCACUAAGAGAGAAAAUGUUUCGAGGCCAUGAAGAAUGCAAAAGGCAUGCAUUACUCAAGCACAAAUAUCUUGUCGCACAAAUUGCUUGUAUCCUACAUGGGCCUCUGUAUACUGAGUAUAACAAUUCAAACAAGUGAACAUACCUCUAUAGCGUGACAAAAGAGCUUUUAUUAAAACAGGCCAAAGAUCUGGUCUGAUAUACAUUUACUGCGACUAUUGCUACUAUGGUUGUUGUUUUAUUUAUCGUAAAAUAUUCUGCUCGCAACAAAUGGAAAUAUGUUGUUUACAUAACAUGGAAAGCAAUGUGGUUGUUUUUCUACCCUUAAACAGACGACUAAGGUUAUUGCAAUUUUUUCAGGUACAAGAAGAACCUGACCUCUGCUAAGUGUCAACAACAGGAGACCAAGGUAAUGAAAGCGCUCCCUUUAAGAUACAUUUUCUGCUUUGCAUAUUUAACAUUGUUUUUGCAUAAUCAAGCCAUUCAAGGCUCCUCGCGUGGCCAAUUCUACCCCUCCACAUAAUGAACAAAACUAUUAGAAUUAAGUGCUGAUUACAGAAAAUGGCAAUUUAGGUUGUUACUUGUUCAAACAAAAAACACACCAAUUACUUUUUUUAUUUUGUAUGCCAGUUCUAGUGUAUGAAGGAAAUUGAAUUUUCAAGUAGGUGCUGGCAAUUACACUGAACAAAAUAUACAGUAUGUAAAUGUCAUAUUUCCGUUUUUUUAUUUUGAAUACAUUUGCAAACAUUUCUAAAAACAUUUUUUUGCUUUGUCAUUAUGGGGUAUUGUGUGUAGAUUGAUGAGGGGGAAAAAACAAUUUAAUCCAUUUUAUAAUAAGGCUGUAAUGUAACAAAAUGUGGAAAAAGUCAAGGGGUCUGAAUACUUUCCCAAUGCACUGUAAAUGCAACAUGUAAAGUGUUGGUCCCAUGUUUCAUGAGCUGAAAUAAAAGAUUCGAAAAUCUUUCCAUACACACAAAAAGCUUAUUUCUCUAAAAUGUUGUGCACAAAUUUGUUUACAUCCCUUUUAGUGAGCAUUUCUCCUUUGCCAAGAUGAUCCAUACACCUGACAGGUUUGGCAUAUCAAGAAGCUGAUUAACAGCAUCAUCAUUACACAGGUGCACCUUGUGCUGGGGACAAAAGGCCACUCUAAAAUUUGCAGUUUUAUCACACAACACAAUGCCACAGAUGUCUCAAGUUUUGAGGGAGCGUGCAAUUGGCAUGCUGAUUGCAGGAAUGUCCACCAGAGCUGUUGCCAGAGAAUUGAAUGUUCAUUUCUCUACCAAAGCCGCCUCCAAAGUCGUUUUAGAGAAUUUGGCAGUACGUCCGACCGUCUUCACAACCGCAGAUCACAUGUAACCACGCCAGCACAGGACCUCCACAUCCGGCUUCUUCACCUACGGGAUCGUCUGAAACCAGCCACCCGAACAGCUGAUGAAACUGUAGGUUUGCACAACUGAAGAAUCUCUGCACAAACUGUCAGAAACCGUCUCAUAGAAGCUCGUCUGCAUGCUUGUCAUCCUCACCAGGGUCUUGACCUGACUGCAGUUCAUCGUCGUAAUCGACUUAAGUGGGCAAAUGCUCACCUUCGAUGGCCACUGGCACGCUGGAGAAGUGUGGGGUUAUGGUAUGGGCAGGCAUAAGCUACGGGCAACGAACACAAUUGUGUCCCAGUUCUUCCAUGGCCUGCAUAGUCACCAAACAUGUCACCCAUUGAGCAUGUUUUGGGAUGCUCUGGAUCGACGUGUAUGACGGCGUGUUCCAGUUCCCGUCAAUAUCCAGCAUCUUUGCAUAGCCUUUGAAGACAGUGCGACAACAUUCAUGAGGCAAAUGGUGGUCACACCAGAUACUGACUGCUUUUCUGAUCCACUCCACUACCUUUUCUUGUAUGUAUCUGUGACCAACAGAUGCAUAUCUGUAUUCCUAGUCAUGUGAAAUCCAUAAAUUAGGGCCUAAUGAAUUUCAAUUAACUGAUUUCCUUAUAUGAACUGUAACUCAGAAAAACCUUUGAAAUAAUUGUAUGUUGCAUUUAUUUUUUUGUUCCGUGUGUGUAUAUAUACAGUGGGGAGAACAAGUAUUUGAUACACUGCCGAUUUUGCAGGUUUUCCUACUUACAAAGCUUGUAGAGGUCUGUAAUUUUCAUCAUAGGUACACUUCAACUGUGAGAGACGGAAUCUAAAACAAAAAUCCAGAAAAUCACAUUGUAUGAUUUUUAAGUAAUUAAUUUGCAUUUUAUUGCAUGACAUAAGUAUUUGAUCACCUACCAACCAGUAAGAAUUCCAGCUCUCACAGACCUGUUAGUUUUUCUUUAAGAAGCCCUCCUGUUCUCCACUCAUUACCUGUAUUAACUGCACCUGUUUGAACUCGUUACCUGUAUAAAACACACCUGUCCACACACUCAAUCAAACAGACUCCAACCUCUCCACAAUGGCCAAGACCAGAGAGCUGUGUAAGGACAUCAGGGAUAAAAUUGUAGACCUGCACAAGGCUGGGAUGGGCUACAGGACAAUAGGCAAGCAGCUUGGUGAGAAGGCAACAACUGUUGGCGCAAUUAUUAGAAAAUGGAAGAAGUUCAAGAUGACGGUCAAUCACCCUCGGUCUGGGGCUCCAUGCAAGAUCUCACCUUGUGGGGCAUCAAUGAUCAUGAGGAAGGUGAGGGAUCAGCCCAGAACUACACGGCAGGACCUGGUCAAUGACCUGAAGAGAGCUGGGACCACAGUCUCAAAGAAAACCAUUAGUAACACACUACGCCGUCAUGGCUUAAAAUCCUGCAGCGCACGCAAGGUCCCACUGCUCAAGCCAGCGCAUGUCCAGGCCCGUCUGAAGUUUGCCAAUGACCAUCUGGAGGAUCCAGAGGAGGAAUGGGAGAAGGUCAUGUGGUCUGAUGAGACAAAAAUAGUGUUUUGGUCUAAACUCCACUCGCCGUGUUUGGAGGAAGAAGAAGGAUGAGUACAACCCCAAGAACACCAUCCCAACCAUGAAGCAUGGAGGUGGAAACAUCAUUCUUUGGGGAUGCUUUUCUGCAAAGGGGACAGGACGACUGCACCGUAUUGAGGGGAGGAUGGAUGGGGCCAUGUAUCGCGAGAUCUUGGCCAACAACCUCCUUCCCUCAGUAAGAGCAUUGAAGAUGGGGUCGUGGCUGGGUCUUCCAGCAUGACAACGACCCGAAACACACAGCCAGGGCAACUAAGGAGUGGCUCCGUAAGAAGCAUCUCAAGGUCCUGGAGUGGCCUAGCCAGUCUCCAGACCUGAACCCAAUAGAAAAUCUUUGGAGGGAGCUGAAAGUCCGUAUUGCCCAGCGACAGCCCCGAAACCUGAAGGAUCUGGAGAAGGUCUGUAUGGAGGAGUGGGCCAAAAACCCUGCUGCAGUGUGUGCAAACCUGGUCAAGACCUACAGGAAACGUAUGAUCUCUGUAAUUGCAAACAAAGGUUUCUGUACCAAAUAUUAAGUUCUGCUUUUCUGAUGUAUCAAAUACUUAUGUCAUGCAAUAAAAUGCAAAUUAAUUACUUAAAAAUCAUACAAUGUGAUUUUCUGGAUUUUUGUUUUAGAUUCCGUCUCUCACAGUUGAAGUGUACCUAUGAUAAAAAUUACAGACCUCUACAUGCUUUGUAAGUAGGAAAACCUGCAAAAUCGGCAGUGUAUCAAAUACUUGUUCUCCCCACUGUAUAUAGCUCUGGGUUCAGACACGCCAAUAUGUUUACCCCAAAUAUCAGACUUAACAAGAAAAAUGGGUCCGGUAAACGGCAUGCAAAUUUCAGCGCGUGCAAACAUUGGAGAUAAUGGACCCAGAGACACCCGACCCUGUGAAAUUCCACGAGAUGGGCUAUUUAUUUAGCGACGCGCUGAUUGAGUGUUUAAACUACGUCUCCAUCGCUCUCUUUUUCCUCUCUUCUUUCUUGUCAUCUCCCCAUCACAGCAGGCGUUUCACAUCAGCAGGCAGACGUACAAGGAGUUUAACCACUACCUGCUCUUCAUGGUGAGCUGCCUGUGGAACUCCAAGAUGUUCCUGCCAGGCAUGGCCAUCGAGGUGGACCAGGAGCUCCUGGCUCUCAGCAAAGUCCCCGAGCCCCGGACCAGCUUUGACCUCAUCCACCACCCUGCCUUCCUGGGCUACGCCCUCGACUUUCACCACAAGGUGAGUUUAGAUUAGAAUUUAGAUUCAAUUAAUUUUUGUGAUCAUUUAAUUUAUAUUGUGAUUUACAUAUUGCAAUUUGCCAGGCAUUUUAUAAUGUUCAGGUCUGUGAAACCAAUUUAUAUACUGUAUAUAAUUUCCAUAAAUGUCCACAUAACUGUUUAUGCUCAGUUUAUAUAUGAAGUCUAAUUUCCAAACUUCAAGAGAGCAGCCAUCCUCUCCAGUUGAGUUAAUAAAGUUUAAGGUCGGACAAGGAGAUGAAUAUGGUAUUAAUGUAAAUUUUAUAGAAGAUCAGAAUCAGUUUAUUAUUCAUGACAUUGCAUGAGACUUGCGUUUUCAUCAUGUUAAAUAAUCCAAGUACCUUCUUUUGGUCCGAAACCGCCUUAACACCCAGUACACUGUUCUACUGAGGGGGAAACUGUUGAAUAUUAAUAAUUCUCUCUUUAUCAGUGUUGGCCAGAGAGGAAGGACAUGGACCUCAAUUCCAUCAAGGUACCACAGUCCUAUUACUUCUUCCAGGUUUUUUUUAUAUACGUGCACUGAUGUGCGUUUGAAGUAUGCCAUUCAUUUUUCAUGAUAAUUUCUAUUGAUCAGCGAGCCAUAGUAUCAGGGAUGGGAGUCCUGGAUGGCCUGUAUGUAUUUGAUGGUCUGUAAAGCGCUAUUUCUUUCUGUCUGUAGGCUGGGAAGCAGUGGGACUGGUACCUGGAGUUCCUCUUCUCUCAGGGCUUUCAUGGCCUCCAACAGUUUAUCCAAAGUAGCAUCAACCGGCGCUCUGUGGCUGGAAUCAAUGGCCAAAGAGGCAGCCAGCCCACAAGCAGGUAA